UUCGGCUGCGCUCCGGAUCGACUCCUUGGGUUUCACUUUGGUCUGAUCUAAGCAAAUAUGCAGAAGUACCGGCUGGUCUAGUCCUAAGAGCCAAGAGGAGCGAGCGAGAGCGGCAGAAAGGGAGAGCAGCCACGCUCCCGUAGCGAGGGGAACAUACAAACAGCGGCAGCGCCGUGAUUAAACCACCGCCGCCCCGAGGCAGCCCCGACCCACCCUGGAUGCGGAGGACCCCCGAGCCACCCCGCUGCCUUUCCCCUGAGGGAUGGUACUGAAUUUCUGCGCGGCAGGAGCCGGCCUGCAGCUCCUCUCCAUCAGCGUUGCCUUCCCUCCGUGUCUAAAGUGCACUAGACCGCGAUGAGGACCUGGGCUUGCGUUUUGCUGAUAGGUUUUGGCUACCUGUCCUUUACCUUCUCCGAGGAGGCCGAGAUCCCGCAGGAGCUCAUCGAGCGGCUGGCGCACAGCGAGAUCCACAGCAUCCGCGACUUGCAGCGCCUCCUGGAGAUUGACUCCGUAGGAUAUGAUGAUGUUUCAGAAACAAACUUGAGAUCUUACAGUGUUCAUUCUGCUAAACAUGUGCAAGAGAAUCGUCCUGUGCCCAUUCGCAGAAAAAGAAGCAUUGAGGAAGCCAUCCCAGCUGUCUGCAAAACACGGACGGUUAUAUACGAGAUACCUCGGAGUCAGAUUGAUCCCACCUCUGCCAACUUCCUGAUAUGGCCACCCUGCGUGGAGGUGAAACGUUGCACUGGCUGUUGCAACACCAGCAGCGUGAAAUGCCAGCCAUCGCGGAUACAUCACAGAAGCGUCAAGGUGGCAAAAGUGGAAUAUGUUAGAAAAAAGCCAAAAUUAAAAGAAGUUCUGGUGAGAUUAGAAGAGCAUAUGGAAUGCACCUGUACAUCAUCAAAUACUAAUUCAGAUUAUAGAGAAGAAGAAACUGGAAGGCCUAGGGAAUCAGGUAAAAAACGGAAACGAAAAAAGUUAAAACCAACAUAAAACCUACUGGAACUAUUUGAUAUUCAGAUUAACAGGUAUUUAUUGGGAGUAGUAUGAUAGAAGCAAAGAUUUUCUAAAAUUCAACUUUAAAAGUGAGCAUGUAAACUCAAUCAAAACAGCAUUUAGAACUUCUUGUCCCAGGUUAGUGACUCUUCAUGCAGAACAGUUUUUUUUAAGUCAUCUACUUAGAGGAUAGGACCUUUGAUUCUAAUCAUAGAGUUAUUGUAUCUUUUUUCUCUCCUGCAGAUGUAAGGUGAAAAUAAGCUAGAAAAAAAACUUCUCUCUGGGACAUGGAUGUACAUGGUUUGUUACAUUCCUGAACCUACUAUGUAUGGUGCUUAUUGACUGUAUACUUUAUUUGUUCUCCUAUGUGAAAAAACUGGCUCAAAAGAACACUUAAUGAGAACAAAGAGACAAUGUACAUUUGUUUAAUGUGACAUCAAAGCAAGUAUUGUAGCACUCUGUGAAACAAUAGGAAGCUUCCCUGUCCAAAAAAGAAAAAAAAUGAAAGAAAGAAAAACAGAAAAGAAAAAAAGACAGUUGAAUGAAUGGAGGAUACCAAAAGUACUCAAAAACAUGACAAAAAUCUAAGUGAAUAGUGGAUUUCUGUCAGAGCAGUCAACGGUGCUUUACGUCAAGAAAUGUGCCUGCGUUCUUGAUGAAGAUGGAUGGACACUGGUGGACUUCAGGCACAAAAAAAGCAGGAAUGUAUGAAAUGAUCAAAUGCCACGCAAACACUAUAGAACAAUACAUCCUUGCUUGGUGGUGUUUUAAAAGUCUAUACAAAAAAACCUUCUGGGGAGCCUUAAGUGGAUUUUUUUUUUUUUACACCAUAAAGUGAUUAUUAAGUUUUCUUUUUACUCUUUGCCUAGCUUUUUAUUAUCUCUUGGACUACAUUUGCCAAUAACACAUAUAAAAAACUGGUAUAACAAUAAGCAGAACACAAAACAUUAUGGUAUUUCUCCUAGUGGGAUGCAAACUAAUGAGAUGUAUUAAAAUAAAAAUGGUAUACCUAUGCAUAAUUUUCUAGACGUUUCUUGGUUUAUGUUCCCCAACCUCCCCCGUAAUUUAAAGCAUUACAUAAAAAGAAAAAAAGAGAGAUGUGCGUAAACAAAUCAUAGGAUAUCCAUGCAAAAAUCCUUUUUUUUUUUCUUUAAGACUUAUGCCAGUUGCCUACUAGUGAUAUUGUGUUAGCAAUUGUCAUUCUUAUCAGUAUACAGAUACUUUUAUUUCACAUGUUGAAGCUGUGUGAAAUGUACAAAUUCUUGUAUCUGCAUUGUACAAUGUCAUGGUGGCAUGGGAACUACCUUGCUGCAAAUAUUUGAACAAAACCUAAAAUUCUUUAUUUUUGGUAAAAUGUUAUGCUUUAUGUGUAUUCAACAGAAAUAUGUGUUUUUGUAAAGGUGAAGUUUGUAUUUUUAUCUAAAAAUUAACAGUUUUAUAUACCUGAGAAAGCCUGCUAUGUUUUCUUGAACCAAAAAAAAAAAAAAAAAGAAAAAAGAAAAAAAAAGCAUUUUGUGGUCAUAUUUUUGUAGUAGAAUAGCCCAAAUAACAUCAAAAUCUAUUUUAACUAUAGCAGGGCAGAUAAAAUACUCUGGCACCGGCUCCUAUGUUUUCAAAGUGCCAAAGGAUUAAAUGUUCAGUUCCCCACGGAUUGCAGUGGGAGCCACACGGCUAAAUCCUGUACUGCUUUGGAAAUUUAGGGCUGUGCCAGGUAUAUGACAUGGCUACUCACUUGGCCAUAAUCGCUGCCCCACCCCAGUAGUUUGGAUUAUGUACCCUUUGUUUUGUUUGGAUUAUCACAUUGGAUAUGUAAAAUGAACUACUGGAUUCUUUUAUUUGUGAAACAUCUUCAAAGAGAUGAAAGAGUUUUCUUAGUUUGGAACGACAAAAUAGUUUGUCUCGAAGACAGUGUUUCCACUCAAAAAAUAUCUUCAAAUGUGAAUGAACUGCAGAACCUUAAAACAACAAGAGAGAGAGAUUUUUAACCUUUCAAUUUCUUUAAAUAUAGUUCAAACAUUCCCCUCCUGUUCCUGUAGCUAUGUCCAAUUUCAACCAAACAAAGCAAUGUUAGCUAACAGGCAUUAUUGGCUUCAGAUGCUAAUGCAGAGAUAGAGUUAGUCACCGUUCUAUUUUGUGAUCAUUUUCCCAGUGUAUUUGUUGAGCACCAAAACUGGAAAUACAUUUAACUAAGAUUGUCUGUGCUUGUUUUCCACUAAGUGUACUGUUCACAAUGUUAUGCACAUGAAUGUAUGUGUCUGCGUUUAAAAAAGUGUAUAAAAUGUAAUUUAUAUAUUUAUGUUUCAGUGGGAUGCCAAUAAUGUUGCUCCGUUCCUUUUUUGUCUGAAAGAUAUCUAAUGAAAAAACCAUAUAUCCAUUAAAAUCAUGUAGAUGAAAAGCAUUAUGUGACCCACUCAGACACUGUGCAGGUAUGAAAGGAUGUCAAAGUCACUUAAGUGGAAUAAUUUGCAAAACAACUUUUUGAGAGUCCUGUGGUUGCACUGGCAUAAGAAGGUUGCAUUCAGAUCUGUGGGCCAGCUUCCCUGGAGUAACUCCAUUGAGUAUCAUGGAGCUCUGCUGAUUUACAUCACGAGUGAGUCUGGCCCUAUAGUAAAGUCUUGGGAAAAAAGCAAACUGAGAGGCAUGCAUUGUAUUGGUGCCAGCAAAUAAAUGUGUGAUACCAAAUUCAGAAAACCAGGAGAGAAUGAAGACUGAAUGGAGACUUUUCCAGUAGUCGUUUGUUUGAGACUUGUAGUCUCGAGUUAAUUUUGUUAGCAGGACUGAAACGCACAUGAGUCUUUGUUCUCAAGCACAGUGUUUAUACGGCAUGCAGCAGAAAACGCAAAAAUCUCAGGGCUAUAUUCUCAGCUAGUAUAAAUUGGCAAAUGUUUUUGACUUCAGCCGCCCCUAAGCUAAUUUACAUCAGAUGAGGAUCCAGUCCACUGCUUUUAAAAUAUGAGGAGUAGUGUCACGACGUGAGCAUCGCUUACUGUAGUCCAGCUGAGAUAUUACCCGCCAGCCUUUCGAACGUUACAGGCUAUGGUAUUAGUCCUUCUUCUUCAAAGUGGCAGAUACAAGCAGAAGGAACAGUAACAUUAAAGGUUGUGACACAGGAGACAUUAAUUCAAAGUUAAGUUGGACAUUUCAAGGGCCAUAUCCUCAGCUGGUGUAAAUCACCAUCACUCCAUUGCCUGCAAUGGAGCUGUACCAGCUUACACCACUUGAGGGGCUGGUCCCUCAUUCUUGCUCAUCCCUUUCGCUACUCGGUCCUGCAGGGAUCUCAGAUUGUCGUGUAUGGUUAAUGUAAUCCUGUGUUCUCUAAUACUUAAGCACAAUAAGUGAAUAUAAGAAUGAGUGUCAGACUUAACUUUGAAUGUCCAAGCUCUGAAAUGGUUUGUUUCACCAUUGUGGCUGUAAAUUAAACAGUUCUCUGUGCA